UAUUGGCGCUCGUUCCUGUUGCUGAUCACCAAUACAGGUAAAACCAUCACUAAAGCCUGGAAUCUUCAAGAAUGGUCGCGAGGCGGGAGCACGAUCAGUUCCUGAUCUUGCAUUCUCAAAUAUGCAUUUCCUUCAGGAUCGAAAGCUAGCCCAAGAAUCGAAGCCGCUCUCCCGACACCGGUUAAGGGUGCUUGAGAGACAAAACGAAGAGAUUGAACAGGUCUCGUCGUUCUUCUUGCCGCAAAAAACAGAUGGCAACCAACAAGGCACGGGUAUCAUUGCACCGAGAAGUCGAGACAAUGUCAGGGGCCGUCAAGCCCGAGCAAGUGAAGAGCCUGUAUCGAUACGCGGCCAGGACUGCUCUCUCGCGUCGUCCACUGGCCAACGGGCUUCCAACGGGCGCCGUACGUCACUUCCAUCGUGCAGACCAACCAAUCAAACUAUGAGCUCUCUCCCCGCUGUAAUGGCGAAUUCACGACCGGUGUCAACUCGAGAAAGCAAGGCCACCACUUACUUUACAUGGUCAAGCAGUCCACCUCGAUCACCCAUUGCUCAAAGGAGAUCUGCCUCGGUGAGCUCAGUAAGGCCAGAGUCUCAGCGGAGUACAACACCUGAUCUCAUAAGAGAGGCUUUGGUAAAGACCGGCAUCUAUCGAGGCACUGGAAUUAAUCCGUAUGACGGUUCGAGGCGUGGAUUUCAACGUGAUAGUGACAUUCAGAACGCGUCAACGCUGCGCAGUAAGGGCGCACAAGUCUGCAGUCAGGCCGGUGGUCGGGAGCGAACUAUGAGUCCUGCCGCAAAUGCCAGGCCCGAAAACCAGGAUGCAGUCACCCAUCGUCCGGACCAAUCUAUUUUAGAUCGAUGGGAAAAUAUCCUGCCACUAGGCUGGCGAAGAGAGCACGCAAAGCGUUCUUUGGACAACGCUGAAGCGCUCAAGGAUCAAGCACAGGCCCAGGCAACAAGCCGUUGCUGUGCGAGUGAACGAUCAACACGAACAGCCAGCCAGCAUGACACUGUAGACAGGAACAAGAUCGCCGAUGAGGCACUCGUUAAUAUACAGGGCAAAAAACAAAGAUCCCCUCGGUCUGGAGAGAACAGCUUAACACUCAAGCCAAACCCACAACAUGAUGGCCGAUGGUCAAAGAAUUCAGAAGCCCCACACCUACAGCUAUCUAGUCCAAACGAAAAGGCAUCUCUUACAUCUAGAGGAGCGAUGCCGCCUCCUCCAAUCCCCUUGGACCGGCAAGACUCAAGCGGUAAUGCACCGCUGACACAGCUAGAUGUUCUAGAGAGAACGAAAAACCAACCCAGUCAUGACGAAAUAGCGGAAGCCCUUAAAAUGAUAACACCAGCAAAUGAUGAACAAUAUGCAGAGAAGGAAUUUUACCCGGGUCAUAAUAAAUUCCAAUCUCCCCAAGGAAUAGCAACGGAAAACAGUAAUAAUCUGCCGUCACUUCAAUCUGUUUCUUGGAUCGAUGCGACUCGGAUGCCGACUCCUGCACUGACACGCAGCGCUGCCACGUCGGGAAUCAACUCCAAAUCACCCCUUUACGUAAGUCAGUUAAGUAUUCUACCUGUCGAUGAAGCGAGUAGUAUACCUGAUCUACUGGACGAUGGCCCUGGCGGUGAAAGCAUGGCCGAUUUCAUCGCACGAAUAGAAAGUGAAGCCGCAGCAUCUCCGCCAGAUGUGAAUGAUGAGACGAAUAACCAACAGAUCAAGUAUGGUUCCACGAUUGACGAGCGAGGAGACGAAAGAGUUGCUGAAGUGUCUCGUAUCAGGACGAACAAGAGCUCUCUUGACCCAAAUUAUGCAAGGCCCGAGUUGAUCGCAGCUGAAGCUGAACGGGAAGUAGAAUGGUCGCACGGAUAUCAAAUGGCGCCCAACCUGCACCAACCGGCAUGGUCGCGCCAGACAGAAUACAAUGAUGGUGAAAUAGGGUCAAAUCCGAACCAUUUCGAAGACCGGUUCCAUGCAUGGGUACAUAACGAUGGGAUACAGGCACAGUUGAAAGGAGCACACCAAUCACGCAACGUACAUAAUGAUGCGCGGACCUUGAAUCCAACUGACGAUGGAAUAGUAGAAAAUGACCCGGAAGAGAUCUCAGAAAUGUCGAGCUUUUGGCGGCCUAAUUAUUUCGCACGAUUCUGAGCUUACCUAUAGAUUACUCUCAUAGCGAGCCAUUAGGCGAAAAUGUC